AUGAAGGCUUUCCUUGUGCUCCUGCUGGGAACAGUCCUGUGCUUGGACUCAGGUUCUUCUUUGCAGUGUUACAGCUGCACGUCACAGCUCAGCAACUCCAAAUGUCAGACGAAAGUGGACUGCAAGGAGGGCGAACAGUGCAAGACAGAUGUGAUCAGGGUUGUAGGGCUCUUCAACAUCAUCAGCAAGGGCUGUGACUCAUCAUGUGAAGCGUCCUAUCAAGACUUCAGCGUAGGCAACAGGAAUAUCUCCUGCUGCAGCACCAGCCUCUGCAAUGUCAACGCAGCAGGCAGCGUGAGGUCCAGCUAUGGGCUGGCAGCAGGGAUAGCAGCCAGCCUGCUCUGGAUCUCCUUGAGCAACCGACUGUGA